CUCCCCCCCCCCGGGGGGGGGGUGGCGGAAGAGCAAUGAGGCCGCACGAAACGGCGCCGGCCGUGUUCGGUACGGUGCCCGGGGUCAGGGGGUCUGGGAGGGGCCAGCCGCGCGCAACAUGGUUGGCCGGUCGGGAGAUGUCCAUUCGGGAGCUUCGGCACCUUGCGUAAGGACCCCUUCGGCGUGUCCCAGACACAUAUGCGCGCAUGCAACGGCGCCACACCCCCCGACCGAGCUGCAAUGACGAUCAUUGAGGACGCGCAAGGGCAGAGGGCCCGGCGCGCUGAGAGGGGCCGGAUUACGCAAUACGCUGCCAGGAGACGCAGCUUGGGCCGUCUAACCGGCGAAGACCGCGGCCGGGCUUGUUGUCGGUCCUCGCGGGCCGUCCCGGUGGGCCUGUGCGUGUGCGUGUGCGCGUAUGCGCGUGUAUGCGAGUGUGUGUGCGCGUGUGCCCUUGCGUGUGGUGCUGUUGCUCGACCCGCGGCGGCAGGGGGUCCGCGCUCGCCGCCGGGGGCUUGACCCGCCCUGCGCGGGCCCUCUGGACGCUUCGGUGGUCCGUAGGUGGGCCUGGCAUCUCUCUGCCCCAAGGUGUGGCUCAUGCAUGUGUGUGUGUGUGUGUG